AGUUGUGUAGAGUUGUUGUUGGAGAGGGAGGAGGAAGGCUGAGGGUGAACAGGAAGGAAAGCAGGAGUGGAAAAAUAGCAUUUAAGUAGAAGGAAAUAUAAUUUUUUAUCAUGGCAUCGGGGGAUACCCUGUACAUAGAAACGGACGGGUCAGAAAUGCCAGCCGAAAUAGUGGAACUUCAUGAAAUAGAAGUAGAGACAAUCGAGACAACAGUUGUAGGAGACGACGGUGAACACCAGCCUAUGAUCGCCUUACAGCCCCUGGACACGGACGAUCCACACUCGAUUCAUCCGCAUCAAGAGGUGAUUUUGGUGCAGACCAGGGAAGAAGUGGUGGGCGAGGAUGACUCUGAACUGCACACGGAUGAUGGUUUCGAGGACCAGAUCCUUAUCCCGGUGCCUGCAGUGGAGGAGGACUAUAUCGAACAGACUCUGGUUACUGUCGCGGGGAAAAGCUCGUCAACAGGCCGGAUGAAGAAGGCUGGAAGCGGGAAGAAAGCGGGCAAAAAGAGCUACCUAGGCGGGGGAGAGAUGGGCAGAAAGUGGGAACAGAAGCAGGUCCAGAUAAAGACUUUGGAGGGGGAGUUUUCAGUGACUAUGUGGGCAUCAGAUGACAAAAAGGACAUAGACCACGAGGAGCAAAUCACAGGUGAAAACUCUCCUCCAGAUUAUUCAGAAUACAUGACAGGGAAGAAGCUUCCACCCGGAGGCAUCCCAGGCAUUGACCUGUCAGACCCAAAGCAGCUGGCGGAGUUUGCACGAAUGAAGCCAAGGAAAGUAAAGGAAGAUGAUGCACCCAGGACGAUAGCAUGUCCACACAAAGGAUGCACUAAGAUGUUCAGAGACAACUCGGCGAUGAGAAAGCACUUGCAUACACACGGACCUCGUGUGCAUGUCUGUGCAGAAUGUGGAAAAGCAUUUGUGGAAAGUUCAAAGCUGAAGAGGCAUCAGCUUGUACACACAGGAGAGAAACCCUUCCAGUGCACAUUCGAGGGUUGUGGCAAGCGGUUCUCGCUGGACUUUAACUUGCGUACACAUGUACGCAUUCACACUGGAGACCGCCCAUAUGUCUGCCCUUUUGAUGGCUGCAACAAGAAAUUUGCCCAGUCAACCAACCUGAAGUCUCACAUCCUCACACACGCCAAAGCUAAAAACAACCAGUGAAUCAACCCUGAACUAGGCUGACGGCAGCAGCGUGAGCAUACACUGGAGGAUUUGACCUGUAUCUCUACUCCUUCACAGACAACUUAAAUCCCGUGGCCUGCUUUGUGGUGAGAUGAGAAGUCCCCUUUGUAUUGUCUCUAGUUAAAACGUUUAAACAGAGAAAUGACCUUUUCUCAAACAUUUUGAUACAAGUAUCGAGGUUUGAACAAGGAACUGUAGAACCCCGAACCCUCAGGCCUCCUACCCUGUUUUGGCGCUACCUGAAUGGAACAAUUUACAAUUUCUUCUUGUGAAGAUGUCAAAUCAUGGAUCUGCACCUAAAACUUAUUUAUACCUUUAAACAGCCAGAUAAAAAAUAAUUUUGCAAUGUAAUUUAAAUUUGCAUCAAUCCUCAGCAAUGACACCUUUUCAAUUUUGUACUGUCCCCAAGUGUGCAUAUUGUACACUGUUUGACAUAAGCUCUGUGGUAAUGUAUGUAGUAAGUUUGUCCCUGUAGCUCUUAUUCAAAGAGGUUUCACAGUUUGUUUUACCCCCCUUUUCCCCCUUUGGUGUGAGUGUGUUUCGAGGCGGGACUGGGUGGUCUUUGCAUAUUUUAAUUUUGUACAAUGCAAUAUAAAAUAAUGUCAAUAAUAGCCAUGUGAUUUUUCAAUAGUGAUCACUGAUUAAAAUGUUUUCCCCUUGCACUACA